AUGGGUACCUAUCAGACAUACAGCAUAUUAUUCGUACUGACUCUAUCUUCUUUUGCUAGCUACGACAGCGGAAUUCUUACAUCCAUUCUCGUUUAUCCAUCCUUUGAUAAGAAAUAUGGCUUCUAUGAAGAUAGUCCAGCAGGACAUGCUAUUAUAUCAGUACCUUUAGCAGCAUCCUUUAUUGCUUCAUUUAUAUCAGGAUUUGUAGCAGACGCAUUAGGUAGAAAACAAUUCCUUUUUGUUGCUAGCAUCAUACACACCAUUGGCUGCAUUGUGCAAGUUGCAGGUCAAAAUACGCCUUCCUUUUUCGCAGGUAGGAUUCUGACAGGCUUAGGCGUUGGUAUAUUUGCUAUGCUUGUGCCUCUAUAUCAAAGCGAGAUUGCCAAACCACAAAACAGAGGACGAUUGAUCACAAUGUACCAAAUUUUUGUUACGUUUGGAUUCUGUGUUGCGUUUUGGACGGGGUAUGGUACAUACCACAUUGAAGGAGAGAGAUCAUGGAGAAUAUCAUUAGGUGUGCAGACCAUUCCGGGAGGAUUACUCCUCUUUGGUAUCUAUUUCAUACCUGAGAGCCCAAGAUGGCUGAUCUACAAGGAUCGAACUGAAGAAGCACUUAGGAUAUUGGCCUCACUUAGAUCGCGCGGAAAUGAGAACGAUGUGGAUGUGCGGAUGGAAUAUACAAGUAUUGUUCAGGACGUUUCUUUUGAUAAAAUGGCUUAUAAGCAUAGAUUCUUGAGCCUGCUUACAAAAGGGAAUGAUAACAAUCGCAAAAGAACGUUGCUCGGCAUAGGCAUCCACACAUUCACUCAACUAUCUGGAAUUAAUGCCAUUUUAUUCUAUUUCCCCCAUAUAAUCGAAAGUGCAGGAAUAUCUCAGAUUUACGCUGCUUUAUUAAGCAACGGUAUCGGUGGACUUGUCAACUUUGUUGCGACGCUUUUUGUGAUAUUAUUUAUCGAUCGUUGGGGUAGACGGCGAAUAUUGAUCACAGGUGCUCUGGGAAUGACUGUCUGUAUGGUGGCCAUUACAAUUGUAUCUGCCAUGUUUGAGAAGGCACUGACUGAAAAACAUAUAGAUAAUAACAUGAGCUUUAAUACAAGCAUCACCAAUAAAGGAGGCUCCAUAACUGUGACAGUGCUGCUGUGUAUAUUCAUAGCUGUCUUUGCUCUAAGUUGGGGACCUAUUGGUUGGAUAUAUCCUGCAGAAAUCUAUCCACAAAUGUUACGAGCCAAUGCUAUGGGUGUUACGACAUCAUGUAGUUAUUUAUUUAGUUUAUUCAUCGCCCUGGUUUCGCCCAUCAUGUUUAAGAACAUAUCAUGGCGAACUUACUUAUUCUUUGCCUGUAUGUGUUUGCUCAUGGGCAUUGUUGUUCAUUUGUUCUAUCCUGAAACUAGGGGACGAUCUUUGGAGGAGAUCCAAUUGAUCUUUAGUGGAGCACUCAUUGACCAAAGACCCGAUGCUCAUCACCCGUCUACUGCAGCAGAAGCAUUAAUUCAAUUAGAACAUAUCAAACAUCAACAACAACGUGAACGACUGGCAACACAGGCAUUUGAUUUACCCGUACAAUGGACUAUAUCUGGACCACAUGCAAGAAAUGAUGCCAGUAGUAGUACUAGUAGUUGUAAACUAGGAUCAACAGAAGAAAUAAGAUCUGUUCAAGUUCAUGAUUCUAUUGAACUAUCCCACAAUGUAAACAAGUCGCAUUCAACUAGUGUCAUGUAA